CUCAGUUUUCCCACGGCCCUUGUACAUACAUACCAUUUAAACCCCGGAGCCUGCACAAGGCUCCAUAUCUAAUCCGUACACAGAAAUCCAUCCAUCUGAUUAUACGGAUGUACACCCAACAGAAGCUAAAUACUCGGUAGAGAAGCUGCACAGGCCCGCCUGACGCGGCUUGUCUUGUCCCAUGAUAACCUCGAUUAGCUGAACUUAGCUCUGGUGGAAGAGGAGGACUACCUAAUCACCGAGAGGGGAGACUUCUAACCAAGUCCCACCAUGACGACGAAGAAAGUCCUCUUGGUGGUAAACUCGGAAUACGGGCAGGCGAACGUGUUCCUCGCCGCCGGCCACGCGCUGCAGGCCCUCGACAAGGACGUGCAGAUCCACUUCGCGUCGUUCAAGCAGAUCGCCAACGAUGUCGCCACGUCGUCCAAGUACUCGGUGAAAUGCACGCCGGGCGCGGCGCCCUGGACCUUCCACCUGCUCGACGGGCCGAGCUUCAUGGAGGCGAUCCAAUACAAGGACGGGCCGCGCACGGCGCUCGAGCGGAUCAUGGGCCAGCGGCCGACCUUCUCGUCCAUCAUGGCCAUGAUGAAGGUCCUCGUGCACUUGUUCCUGCCCUGGGACCAGCCCGAGUUCGACCUGGUCUACAAGAGCCUGGUCCGCAUCUUCGACGAGGUCCAGCCCGACAUCACCGUCGUCGAUAGCCUCUUCGCCCCCGGCCUGACCGCUUGCCGCGCCCUCGGGCGCAGGCACAUUGUCCUGUCGCCCAACACGCUCAAGGACUUUGCCGUCGCCUUCCAGCCGCGCGCCGCGCUGUUGUGGAAGUUCCCCAUCAUGGGCUCGGCAUUCGAGUUCCUGGUUCCCUGGCGGAACAUCCCCGCCAACACUGUGUACGGCCUGGCGCAGAUCUACUUCUCCCUGACCGACACCCGGCUCCGGGAGACGCGGGCGCGCGCCCGGCAGAAGCUGGGCGCGGAGCUGGUCACGUUCGAGUCGCUGAUGAUGAACCCGCCGGCGGGGCUCAAGAUCCUCGUCUCCAACCGGCCCGAGAUCGACUUCCCCCUCGUCAUCCCGGGCCACCUGACCGCCUGCGGGCCCCUGAUCCGCCCCGUGGCCCCCGUCGCCGACGACGACGGCGAGCUCGACGCCUGGCUCCGCCGCGGCCCCACCGUCUUCAUCAGCCUCGGCACCCACCGGGUCCUGGAGGAGUACGAGGCGGUGGAGAUGGCGCGGGCGCUCCGCGUGCUGCUGGACGCCGUCGAGGCGUGGGAGGACACCCUGCGCCGCCGCGGCGGCGAGGGCGGCGAGGGCGGCGAGGGCGGCAGCAACGUCGGCGUCGGCGGGGUGCCCGGGAAGCUGCAGGUGCUGUGGAAGCUCAAGCGGCACAAGCCCGGCCAGGACGCCAUGUACGAGGUCGGUCCGGGCACCAGGGUCCACGGAAUCCUCCGGCGGGAGAUCGAGGCGGACCGGGUCCGGAUCGUCGACUGGGUCAAGCCCCAGCCGUCCGCCGUGCUCCAGGCGGGCACGGUGGUCUGCUCGGUCAACCACGGAGGCGCCAACUCGUUCCACGACGCCUUGACUUCCGCUGUCCCGCAAGUCAUCCUCCCCGCCUGGCUCGACUGUUACGACUUUGCCAACCGGGCCGAAUACCUGGGCAUCGGCCGGUGGGGCAACAAGCAGGCCAUGCCCUCGUGCGCCGAAGCCGAGCUGGGGCCCAUCCUGGUCGACGUGGUGCUGGGCCCCCGGGCGGCCGAGAUGAGGGCCCGGGUGCGGGACCUGGCGGACCUGUGCGCCAAGACGCCGGGCGCCACGGUCGCCGCCUCCAGCAUCCUGGAUGAGCUCAAGUCGUACGACGAGGGCGAGGAGGGCGAGAAGUGAAAGCUGGAUUAAUUAUUCCAGAGUCGGCAAGAGGGGCAACGUUCUCUUUCUACCUACAAGGGGGAUCAUCUCCUCUCCAUACGUUGCA